AUGACCCACCCAACUUCCUUAUAUAAACCUCCCUCACUCCCCCAUCCUUUCUUCUCCAGAAUCCAAAGCUCCUCCAACUCCUACUUCUCUUCCUCAAAUCAAACCUCCAAAGUCACUCUUUUCCCCUUCACUUCCCCUUCCAUUCCAACUAUGAACACAAAAAUGAUGUUACCUUCCCUCAAUCGCACUACCCAUCCCAUCUUCACCGCCUCUUCUUCCUCCUCAGAAUUCUCACCCUGCAUCAGAAGAAAUUCCUCCACCGUCCCCAAUUUCUCCCCACUACCAAUCACUCACAAGCCUCUCCACAUUUCUUCCCUCCGCGGCCGUCUCACGCCCUCGGAGAACAAAAAAUCCCCGACCAGCACGGUAUGCAACGCCUACGAGGCCGGCCAGCCGCGGCCGCUCGACAUCAACAUCGACGAGCAGGCGGCGCAGAAGAUCAAGAUCGGGAUCUACUUCGCCACGUGGUGGGCGCUCAACGUCGUCUUCAACAUCUACAACAAGAAGGUGCUGAAUGCGUUUCCCUAUCCGUGGCUGACCUCCACCCUUUCCCUCGCCUGCGGCUCGCUGAUGAUGCUCGUCUCGUGGGCCACCCGAGUCGCCGAUGCUCCCCGAGUCGACUCCGAGUUCUUGAAGUCUCUCUUGCCCGUUGCUAUCGCGCAUACGAUCGGGCAUGUGGCUGCCACGGUGAGCAUGUCGAAGGUGGCGGUGUCGUUCACGCACAUCAUCAAGAGCGGGGAGCCAGCUUUUAGCGUCCUGGUGUCGGGGUUGGUGUUGGGGGAGACGUUCCCUCUUCCGGUGUACCUCUCUCUCCUGCCGAUCAUCGGUGGUUGUGCUCUGGCCGCGAUCACCGAGCUCAAUUUCAACGUGAUUGGGUUCGAAAUUUCGACAGGGUUCAUGGGGGCGAUGGUGUCGAAUUUGGCGUUCGUUUUUCGGAACAUUUUCUCGAAGAAAGGGAUGAAGGGGAAAUCCAUUAGCGGGAUGAAUUACUAUGCUUGCUUGUCCAUCAUGUCACUCUUGAUCCUAACUCCUUUUGCCAUCGCCGUGGAGGGACCUCAGAUGUGGGCUGCCGGGUGGCAAAACGCGGUUGCUCAAAUUGGACCUAAUUUCGUCUGGUGGGUAGCGGCGCAGAGCAUCUUCUACCACUUGUACAAUCAAGUGUCGUACAUGUCCCUCGAUCAGAUAUCUCCACUGACGUUCAGCGUCGGGAACACGAUGAAGAGGAUCUCGGUCAUCGUCUCGUCGAUCAUCAUCUUCCACACCCCGAUCCAACCCGUCAACGCACUCGGAGCCGCCAUCGCCAUCUUCGGCACUUUCCUCUACUCGCAGGUAAAUCUAAUUCCAACCGUUUUUUUUUUUCCUUGUGAUCUCAUAUCAACUUCUCAAACUCGUUAUGGGACCAAAACGACCCAUAUCACAAGUUCAUGUCCUUUUCUUCCUUCUUGUCUUUUACUCUUCUGAGCAUAUUCCAAUACCCACUUGCUUGCGUAGAGGCACAUUGACGUUGAAGAAGUAAGAACGGCCUUUGGGGUUGCUCUACGGUUUUUCAAAGUUAGUAACUUGUUUUCUUGUGCGGUAAUUUUUUUGGGCAGGCAAAGCUGUAGAUUCUGGUGGAGGCAGAGUUUUUUUUUGAUCGGAGAAGAGAGGAGAAGGGAGUAGCUCUAGUCAUUCAAGGACUUGAAGUGGGAAUUCGUUGAUAUUUAUUUGGCAAGAAUCUGUUGGGGUUAUGGUAGCUAAUAGACUUGUUGUAAUUUGCUCUAUCAAGAAGAAAACAAGGCUGGUAAAUAUUUAUCAUUAGUGUAAUUUUGUAUUCUUUUCCCUUCUUUUUGGUGCUAGAGUUUGGUUGCUCAUGAUUGUAUCAUAUAAAAAGGUUGAGUAAUUUCAUAAUGAUCAUGCUCAAGUAUAAGUUGAAUACGUAGAACAACGUUGAAGGUACAUGUUCCGUUUGUAUCAUUAAAAAUUUGUAGGAAGAC